AUGGCUCCAUUUUUGCCAGCCGAUGUUUUAUGUCAAAUAUUUCAAAAUUUAUCAGAUCAAAAAUCUUUAUAUUCUUGUUUAUUAGUAAAUCGUUUAUGGUGUGCAACUUCUGUAGAAUACCUUUGGUCAAAACCUUUUCGUUUCAUAUAUACUUGUAAUUUCUUAUCUUGUACUUGUCAUAAAGAAUCAAGAAUUUCUCGAAGUUCUAAACUAAUUGAAAUUUAUCUAUCUUGUCUAACUGAAAAAGAAAAAAUUUUAUUAUUGGAAAAUGGUAUUAAAUUACCUUUUGAAUCUCCUUUAUUUGAUUACGCUGCUUUCAUUCGUUAUCUGGAUUUAGACGAAUUUUAUAUCGCUAUAAGAGAUUGGAUGGAGUCAAAUCUUCUUUCUUUAACUAAUGGUCUAAUCGAUCAUAGUUAUGAUUCAAAACAAUUAAUGGAUUUUGGAAAAUCUUUAAAAAAACAAAAAAAAUUUAAAUUAUCAAAAGUUGUUCGUUAUAUAACGAAAUCUCUUGGUAAUAGAAGAAAAAUUGAUGAUAAAAUUUUAUGUCGAUUAUUAAUGAGGAGAUCUUCUACUAUUAAACAAUUAUCUAUCGAUCGAACUUAUUCAACUCGUGAUCUUGAUGAAUUUAGGUGCUCUUCUUUACCUCCUUUAUUGGAUCGUUUUCAAAAUACUCGUCCUGUUCCUGAUCAAUAUAUUAUGUUACCUACUUAUCCUGGUGCUAUUUCUUGUCUAUCUUCUUUAAGUGAAUUAAUAUGUACUACAAGGCAAUCAAAAAGGAAAUUAUUUGAUUUAUUAAGUGAUUUCUCUUUUAAAAUUCAUAAAAUUUCCGUUAUGAUGGAUUAUUCUUCAAAUAAUUGGCACGGUACAAGGUUAAGAAAAGAUGAAUCGGAUCUUGAGGAUGAAGCUAAAAGUUUGGCUAAUCUUAUUCGUGUUCAACAAUCCUUACAACAUUUCGAAAUUUAUUGUUGUGAAAAUGGUUCAAAUAUUAUAAUGGCUGCUCUAAAAACUCAUUCAAAAAAUUUAAAAUCUUUAAGUUUUAUUGACGUUAGAUUUUGGGGUUGGGAUCCUUUGGAUUUUAUUUCUGAUUGUCAAGAUUUAAAAAAAUUAAUUUUUAAAUCUUGUUCUGGAUUAACAAAUGAUUUACUUGAUUCUUUAAUUGAUUCGGAAUUUCCUCAACUUACAACUAUUGAAUUGGAAAAUACUUCGGCUCCUGUUCAUAUUCUUGAAUCUUUAAUCAAACAUGGAAAUAACAAUAUCCUUACUUUAAAUCUUGGUCAAUAUAAGAACACUUUAAAUAAUUCUUCAAAUAUUAUUGAAACUGUGGCAAAUCAUUGUCCAAAUCUUAUCUCUUUCAAGUCUUUUAUUGAAUCCGAUGAAGUUCCUCAAUUGGUUUCGUUAUUCACUCUUUGUACAAAUCUUCAAUCAGUAACAAUUAAUGGUCCUCGAUCUCCAGAAAUUGAUGUGAAUCAUUUAUUUCUUGAACUCUCAUCACAAGAGCUUCCAAAUUUACGAGAUUUAGCAAUAUUAGGUUCUUGGUCAUUCCGAUCUAAUUCUUUGAAUCAAUUUUUAUCCGGCUCAAAACCACCUUUGAAAUCUUUACAAAUACAAAAUUCAAGAUGUUUUACUGAUUCUCAUCUUGAAGUUAUAUUGAAAAAUUUAUGCUCUGAAGCUUCUUCAAAGUGCACUUUAAAAGAUUUAAGAUUACAUAUUACUUCUCAAUUAAACGAAGAAUUAAUUGAUAAAGUACGAGAAUGCGUUAAAGAAGACGGUUUGGUGCAAGUCGAUUAUUGGGAAUCUGUUAUUAGGGUAAGGAUUAGUAGGCUAUCUUCUUUACCUAAAAUUACUUGGCGUAAUAAUAAUAGUGGUAGUAAAAGUAAAUACCGAGUGUGCGGUACUUAG